AGGAGGAGGUUUUGUCAGGUGGUAACGGUGGUGGUGGGGUGGAGAGGGUCCGUCCUAUGGAUGUCAUCAUCAUCCUCAGCAGCCGCAGCCAGGCCAGCACCUCCCGGUCCUGCGCUUAAUCGGCGGCCUCAUCCGCUCUGCUCGUACUGACUUGCCGGUGCAGAGCAAGCCAGCGACGUGUACUCAAUCGCCGGGAGACACAAAGGUCCGUCCUCGGCACACGCGCGGAAGGGCGUCGGGGGCGCCAUGGCGAAUGCCUCCCCAGACCUGGACAACGCCGACGCCCAGCGCCAGCUCAACAACAACAACCGGCCUGUCAGCUCUGCAUUUUGGGAAACGGAGUGCACUAGCUCCAAGUUGUUUGAGUGCUCCCGCAUCAAAGCCCUGGCAGAGGAACGAGACGCCGUCCAGAAGAAGACCUUUACUAAAUGGGUUAACUCCCAUCUGGCCCGAGUGUCCUGCCGCAUCUCAGACCUCUACAAUGACCUGCGCGAUGGCUACAUGCUCACGCGGCUGCUAGAGGUCCUCAGCGGGGAGCUGCUGCCGAGGCCGACACGAGGUCGCAUGCGCAUCCAUUCUCUGGAGAAUGUGGACAAAGCACUCCAGUUCCUCAAGGAGCAGAGGGUACACCUGGAGAAUGUGGGCUCACAUGAUAUUGUGGACGGGAACCAUCGUCUCACACUGGGCCUCAUCUGGACCAUCAUCCUCCGCUUCCAGAUCCAGGUGAUCAAGAUCGCCACAGCUGACAACCGAGAGACGCGCUCAGCCAAAGAUGCUCUCCUGCUCUGGUGCCAGAUGAAGACUGCCGGGUACUCUGAGGUGAAUAUUCAGAACUUCACCAGCUGCUGGAGGGAUGGCCUGGCAUUCAACGCUCUCAUACACAGACACAGACCAGAUCUGAUUGAGUUUAACAAGCUGACCAGGUCCAACGCCACUCACAACCUGCAGCAGGCCUUCAAUGUUGCCGAGCAGAACCUGGGUCUCACCAAACUGCUGGACCCUGAGGAUGUGAACACAGAGAAUCCAGAUGAAAAGUCCAUCAUCACCUAUGUGGUCUCUUACUACCACUACUUCUCCAAGAUGAAAGCUCUCAUAGUGGAGGGCAAAAGAGUCGGCAAGGUCCUGGACAAUUGUAUCGAGUCUGAGAAGCUGGUGGAACGUUAUGAGGCGCUGGCGUCGGAUUUGCUAGAGUGGAUCGAGAAGACCAUCGCAGUAAUUGGCAAUCAGAAGUUUGCCAACUCACUAACCGGCGUUCAGCAGCAACUUCAGGCCUUCACCACCUACUGCACUGUCGAGAAGCCCAUCAAGUUCCAAGAAAAAGGGAACCUAGAAGUCCUUCUCUUCACCAUCCAAAGCAAACUAAGAGCCAACAACCAGAAAGCCUACAUGCCUCACGAGGGAAAGCUCAUCUCUGACAUCAACAAGGCGUGGGAGCGACUGGAGAAGGCGGAGCAUGAGAGGGGCGUGGCUCUGCGUAAGGAGCUGAUUCGCCAGGAGAAGCUAGAGCUGCUGGCUCAGCGCUUUGACCACAAAACCACCAUGAGACAAGCAUGGCUCAACGAGAACCAGAGGCUCGUGUCACAGGACAACUUCGGCUACGAUCUUCCUGCUGUUGAGGCGGCCAUGAAGAAGCACGAGGCCAUCGAGGCAGAUAUUGCCUCAUACGAGGAGCGAAUCGGUGUGGUGGUGGAGCUGGCUUCCGAGAUGGAGGUGGAGAGCUACUACGACAUCCGCCGCAUCUUGGCCCGCAAGGAGAACAUCCUGGGACAGUGGAGUCUUCUGAAGGAGCUGGUUGCAGGCAGGCGAACCCGGCUGGAGAAGAACCUGGCCCUGCAGAAGACCUUCCAGGACAUGGUCUACAUGAUCGACUGGAUGGAGGACACACAGGCCCAACUGCUGUCUAAGGACUUUGGGAAGCAUCUUCUGGAGGUGGACGACCUGCUGCAGAAGCACAGCCUGCAAGAGGCCGACAUUGGGGUGCAGGCUGAGAGGGUGGAGACGCUCAAUGUCGCUGCACUCAAAUUUACCACCAUUGAGGGUUAUCAGCCAUGCGACCCCCAGGUGAUCCGUAACCGGGUCAAUCACGUUUUGUCCUGCCUAGAAGAGCUAAAGGAGUUGGCGGCCAAGCGGCGCUCUGAGCUGGAGGAGUCCCGGCAGCUUUGGGCCUUCUUCCAGGAACUGGAGGAGUCUGAGGCAUGGAUCCGGGAAAAGAGCUCCAUCCUGGGGGCUCAGGGCUAUGGCAAAGACCUCAGCAGCGUGCUCAAGUUACUCCAGAAACACAAGACCCUCGCUGGGGAACUGAUGGCCCACCGAGCCUUGCUGGAGACGACUAUCCAGGGCGGUCAGCAGAUCCUGAAUGAGAAGAACUUGGGUACAGUGGGCAUCCAAGAGCGCAUCCUGGAUGUGACUGAUGAGUGGACGCGGCUAGAGGAGCAGGCUGCGCAGCGCCUCGCCCACCUCCAGGAAGCGCUCAACUUUUUCCAGUUCUCCACCGAGAUGGACGACCUGGUGGCGUGGCUACAAGACUCCUAUCGCCUGGUGUCCAGCGAGGACUUCGGCCAUGAUGAAUACUCCACAUGCUCACUACUCAAGAAGCACCGCGGCGUCAGCGAGGAUAUCAACAAGCAUCGGCUGCAUGUGGUGGCGCUGCGCAAACACUUGACAGUGCUGCCGCUGCGUUACAGAGAGCAAGAGGAGGUACAGGUUCGGAUGGUUGAGGUGGAGCAAUUGUACACAGAGGUGGUGGAGGUGGGCGUCCUCCGCCAACAGUGGCUCCACGACGCCCUGGCCGUCUAUCGUAUGUUCAGCGAAGUAAAUGCGUGUGAGCUGUGGAUAGAUGAAAAAGAACAAUGGCUGAACAAGAUGGAGAUUCCCGAGAAGCUCGAAGAUGUGGAGAUGGUGACACACAGGUUCGAGUCCCUGGAUCAGGAGAUGAACAGCCUAAUGGGGAGGAUAUUGGAUGUCAACCAGAUAGUCCAGCAGCUUCUGGAUGGGGGACAUCCGUCCUCCACAGAAGUCAGAGGCUGUCAGGACCACCUAAACUCCAGGUGGAACAGCAUCGUGGCUCUGGUGGAGCAGAAGAAGAAUCAGCUAGACAGCAUGCAACGUCUUCAGAACUACUUGUUGGAGUGUAGCGAAAUUAAGUCUCAGAUACAGGAGAAGCGCAAGGCCAUCGACGCUACCCAGUACGCCGGCAGCGAUCUGGGUGGCGUUCUGUCUCUGCAGCGCCGUCUCUCCACCAUGGAGGGAGCCCUGUCUGUGCUGGAGCCCAAGCUGAUGCACCUACAGGAGGAAGCAGAGCACCUCGCCACCGCCCAUGCCAGUCGGGCCACGGAAGUCCUGCUUCCCUUCGACGGUAUCAGCGUGGAGUGGGAGGAGCUUAAAUGCACUCUGCAGGGCUGCGAGGACUCACUUAUGGUGGCCGGCAGGUUGCAGAGCUUCAUCCAGGACUUGGACUUGUUUCUGACCUGGCUAGUCCAAACGCAGACGUCUGCUGCCUCAGACCAGUUGCCCAAUGACUUGGAGGAAGCCGAGAAACUCAUCAACAAACACGCUGCACUCAAGGAAGAAAUAGGAAGGUACGAGGAGGACUAUGAGCGUCUGCAAGCUAUGAACGAGCUACUGGAGUCAGAGGAGGCGCCUCUUCCGCAGGCCGCGCUGCAGCAGUGGCUGCAGAAGCUGGACGUGGGCUGGAACAAGCUGUUGGAGAUGUGGGAGAGCCGACGGGACGUCUUGGUGCAGGCACACAUAUUCCACUUGUUCCUGCGUGACGUCAAACAGGCAGAGGCCUUUAUCAAUAACCAGGAGUCGGCACUGGCCCACGUGGAGCUUCCCACCACGGUGGAGACAGUGGAGGCUGCGGUGAAGAAGCACAAGGACUUCACCACCACCAUGGAGCUCAACUUGCACCGCAUCAAGGCCGUCAUCGAGGCCGGCGAGAGCCUCAUCAGCCAGAACAACAUCUACUCGGAGCGCAUACGAGAACGUGUAGACACCCUUGCCAACAGGGGCAACCAGAACCGGGAGCAGGCCCAGCAGUGGUUGGAAAAACUCAACGACCAGUGGGCUCUCCAGAGGUUCCUCCAAGACUGUCACGAGCUGAGCGAUUGGGUGAGCGAGAAGAUGUUGAUGGCGAGAGAUGGAAACCGCGAUGACACGCAGAAGCUUCACAAGAAAUGGCUCAAGCACCAGGCCUUCAUGGCGGAGUUGGCUCAGAACAAAGAGUGGCUGGACAAGAUCGAGAGGGAGGGCCAGCACUUGAUCCAGGAGAAGCCUGAGCUGAGCCCGCUGGUGCGUCAGAAAUUGGAGCAAAUUCGUGAGUGUUGGCUGGACCUGGAGAAUACCACGCAGGCCAAGGCCCAGCAGCUCUUCCAAGCCAACAAGACCAACCUGCUGGCUCAAAGCUACCGCAGCCUGGACCAGAGACUAGGGCAGAUGGAGGGCCAGCUGGCCUACGUGGACCGCGGCCACGACCUGGCCACCGUCAACAGGCAGCUGAAGAAACUGCAGACCAUGGAGUGCCAGAUGGAGGAGUGGUACCAGGAGGUUAGUGAGCUGCAGGCUCAGGCAGCCGCCGUGCCGCAACAGACACGAGCCAAAGAGACAGUGGCUGAGCAGCAGGCAGCAGUCGAGGCUCGCAUGGUGCGCCUUAUCGAACCCCUCAAGGAGCGCAGACGUCUCCUUUUGGCCUCCAAGGAGGUGCACCAGGUGGCACGAGACCUGGAGGAUGAGAUGUUGUGGGUGCAGGAGCGCCUCCCAUUGGCCAUGAGUCAGGAACAUGGUUCUUCCCUACAGUCGGUGCAGCAGCUCAUGAAGAAGAAUCAGACUCUCCAGAGGGAGCUCCAGGGCCACCUGAGCCACGUGGAGGACGUCUUGGAGCGUGCAGCCAUCUUCGCCUCAGUCCGCAGUCCCGAUGCCAUGGCUGUGCGGGCGGGCCAUGAGCAGCUAUCGCAGCUGUGGGCGCUGCUCUGGGCCGAGACGGAACGCCGGCAGCUGGUGCUGGACGCCAUGUACCAGGCGCAGCAGUACUACUUUGACACAGCUGAAGUGGAGGCCUGGCUCAGUGAGCAGGAGCUGCACAUGAUGAAUGAGGAGAAAGGGAAGGACGAGCCGAGUACGUUGCAGCUGCUGAAGAAGCACCUGGUGCUAGAGCAGACCAUCGAGGACUACGCUGAGACCAUCGGCCUGCUGUCCCAGCAGUGUCGGCAGCUUCUGGAGAUGGGACACCCUGAUUGUGAAAAAAUCAGCAAGCGUCAGUCGCAGAUGGAUCGCUUAUACGUGUCGCUGAAGGACCUGGUGGAGGAGCGUAAGAGCCGCCUGGAGCAGCAGUACUGGCUCUACCAGCUCAACCGCGAGGUGGAUGAACUGGAGCAAUGGAUCGCCCAGAAGGAGGUGGUGGCCAGCUCGCCCGAGCUGGGACAGGACUUUGAGCAUGUCACCUUGCUCCAGGAAAAGUUCACGGAGUUUGCAUCAGAGACGGGCAGAACGGGUCAGGAUCGCGUAACGGCUGUCAACCAGAUGGUGGACGAGCUUAUCGAUUACGGCCAUGCUGAGGCCGCCGUCAUCGCAGAAUGGAAGGACGCCGUCAACGAGUCGUGGGCUGAACUGCUGGAGUUGAUGGAGACAAGAGCGCAAAUGCUGGCUGCCUCGCACCAGCUGCACAAAUUCUUCACGGACUGCCGAGAGGUUCUGUCUCAAAUUGACGACAAACACCGCCGAUUACCAGAGGUGCGCAUCCGUCAGAGCAGCACUGCCAACCCCAUCACGCUGCAAAGGCUGCUGCAGGGCUUCGAGCAGGACAUCCAGCUACUGGUCACGCAGGUGCGUCAGCUACAAGAGAGCGCGGCCCAGCUAAGGACCGUGUACGCCGGCGAGAAGGCGGAAGCCAUCGCCUGCCGCGAGCACCAAGUCAUGCAAUGCUGGAAGGAGCUGCUCACCUCCUGCGAGGAAUGUCGGCUACAGAUCACCACAGAGACGGACAAACUCAGGUUCUUGGGCCUGGCCCGCGAUCAAAUCAUGUGGAUGGACUCCAUCCUUUGCCAGAUCGACACGGGGGAGAAGCCGAGGGACGUGUCGUCUGUGGAGGUUCUGAUGAACUAUCACCAGAGUCUGAGGAAUGAGGUGGACGCUCGCAGUCAUAGUGUGAUGGAAUGUAUCGACAUGGGAAAGAUGCUGCUGGCGGCUAGAAACCCGGCAGCUCACCAGAUCAAGGAGAAGCUGGACAAGGUGGUUGCUAAGCAACAUGAGCUAUCUGUGAAGUGGGACAAGCAUUGGGAGGCACUGCAGCAACUGCUGGAGGUUCACCAGUUCGCUCAGGAAGCGGUAGUGGCGGAAGCGUGGUUGGCGGCGCAGGAACCGCUGGUCAGCAGCAAGGAGCUGGGAGCAAGCGUGGAUGAGGUGGAGCAGCUCAUUCGCAGACACGAAGCCUUUCGCAAAGCCGCCGCCACCUGGGAGGAACGAUUCAGCUCGCUCAGACGGCUCACCACGGUGGAGAAGCUGAAAGCGGAGCAAAGCAAACAACCGGCAACCCCUCUGCUGGGCCGUAAAGUCUUCCUGGAUCCCCAGGAUGCCUCCCCGGCUCUCCCUUCUAGCCUCCCCCGCCUGCCCCUCUCCCCCGUCAUGAGACAGACCAUCUAUGAGCAGAACGAGGCCAGCACGCCACCUUCCCCCUCGCCAGCCACACCGACGCCGUCCCCAUCGGGGGUCCGACAUCCCGUACAUCCUGCCCAUUCGUCCAUCUUGUCCGUAGCUACGGCCGCCAUGUUGGUCUCAGCCAAUCAGGCGCGAGAUAGCAGCAGGAAGGUGGAUCAACUUCAGCCCAAGCUCGAAGUGGAUGCCAAGCCAUCUCCGUACCUCCGCCAACCUAAAAUCAAACACCUGGGCGACGCUGUGACGCCGCUUCUGGUUGCCAGCCGGUUGGAGAAGGCCCGGGAGAAAGGCAGAGAGAUGAUGACGGAGAGAGCCGAGGUGGCUGUGAUGGCUGAGGUGGUCCUUCAGGAGCCUAACCGAGGUCCCAGGGCCUCCAGGACUAACCCCGAGCCGCAGGUCCAGCCUCAGCUAUCCGGCGAGCAACUGAUUCAGGCCCGCAAAAACGAGCUUCCUCAGGAGGUGUGGCGAGAACACGCUGAGCGGCGGGAGCGGCGGACCUUGGAGAGACAGACCUCCAGCGAGCAGGAAGGACACGGAAGCCACGAGGGCCGGAGGAGAGAGCGAGACCGGCACCGGCUUGAGAGGCAGGAAUCCAGCGAGCAUGACACUGGAAAGGAACAUUCUGACAGACGCUCAGGAGGCGGAGAGAGGAGAACCACCAUGGCGGAAAUAGUGGAACAGCUUCAGGAGAGAGAAGCAGCACAGGCCCGAGGCGAGGUUCCCCGCCUGCCAAAUGGCAUCCCAGAAAAGUCUUCCCGUCCUGAUCGGCCUCGAGCCAGGGACAGACCCAAACCCAGGCGCCGGCCGCGACCCAAAGAGCCAGGAGAGACCACGCGGCGAUCCCGCUCGGCUCCAUCCCAGAGUGGCCCCGCGACCCCCCAGCCACCCGCACACAGCGCACACCACGAGGGCUUCCUUUUCCGCAAGCUGGACAUUGAGAGCUUGAAAAAGAGCACCAACAGCAGGUCUUGGGUGAAUUUGUACUGUAUACUGAACAAAGGCGAGCUGGGCUUCUACAAGGAUGCCAAGAACACCGCCACGGCGUACAACAACGAGCCGACGCUCAACCUCGCACACUGCCAUUGUGAUGUCACCAAUGGAUACAAGAAAAAAAAGAAUGUCUUUACACUUAAGACAAAGGAUGGCAGUGAAUUUUUAUUCCACGCUAAAGACGAGGACGACCUGAAGACGUGGGUGAGCAACAUUGGCGGCAGCAUCUCGGAACACGAGGAGAUGGCCAAGUGGGGCCAGCCCCAAGCAACUACCUCAUCCACUGACGAGGGCACACGGCGCGACGGCAGCAAAGCUGGCUCGGAGCGCGGGGGCGAGCGAUCGGACCGAGCUGAGAAGGCAGAAAAGGUGGAAAAGGACAGGGGACGGGACAAAGACAGGGGGGAGCGCUCGGAGCGCAGUGGAAAGGCAGAAGCCAAACGCUCAGAGAAGUCCAGUAAGAAAAAGUGAUGUCUUCUCAUCGCUUCCCACGUGGAAGCGCAAAGAUGCAAAAUGACACAGGAAGGAAGAACUCUUUGAACUGACUUUUUCUUCUCCUAAUGUGUCUAAGCGGUAUCGCCCCUCUCCCCCCACUGGCUGUGCAGGGAAGUGGAGCAGGAUGAUGAUUGCUGCUUCUGAGAUAGAGUAUCAAGUAGCUCGCGCUGUUCCUUUUCUGAUUUCUUAUAUGAGCUGUGUGUGUGUGUGUGUGUGUGUGUGUGUGUGUGUGUGUGUGUGUGUGUGUGUGUGUGUGUGUGUGUGUGUGUGUGUGUGUGUGUGGGUGCGUGCGUGUGCGUGUGUGUGUGUGGGCAUGUAAAGUUCAGAGUAAUAGCAGUGGAAUUAAGAAAGUAAGCAAAGCCUGCAUCUCACUGAGCUCUGAGGGUUUGCGCACAUAGUAAUGUUGGAAUUUCGUCGGGGUUCUUAAAUGUUUGCUAACAGUUGCAAACAGUUUUUCUUGUGAAACUGGUGACGAAAAUUAGCACUACUGGCGAAUGUCUGGCGGACAUCUUUGCGACCGUUUGCGACCUUGAACGAAACCUGUCGAAAACACAACAUACAACACGAUAAUGUUUGCUGCUUAAAUUCUUAUAAUCGUUUUUAUUUCAGUCUUAGCAAAUUUAUUGACAACACUUUGAAUCCAAAUAAACAUCAGAUAAAAUAAUGUA